GUUGCAGAUGAAGAUGCAGCAGCGUUUGGAGCCGAAGGGGGCGUCCGCUCAGUGCAUCAACAUCUCUCUCGUCAUCCCGAUCAAGCUUGAACGACUCGCAUUCUUGCAAACAUGCCAAGUGUCGAUCCCAUGACAGGUGUACAAGGAUAAACAUGAUGAGGCGUGACCGGGAGAGGGUCCGAGGUGUUGAUGAGUGGUCAAGGGCUGGCCCUCGUGUUCAGCGUGGAAACAUGGAGACCGACCUAGGGCAACCCACCGAGCGAGAGCACAUCAAUCCGUUCACCGAGCUGCCCCGCACGGCUCGCUACUACCAGAUCCUCAAAAAGCGGCAGCAGCUCCCUGUGUGGGACUACCGAGAGAAGUUCACACACAUCCUGAUGAAUCACCAGUGUUUUGCCAUUGUAGGAGAGACCGGUUCUGGAAAGACCACACAGAUCCCCCAGUGGUGCGUGGAAACGAUUCAAUCCACGGCAGGAGCCAAGCGGGCGGUUGCCUGCACCCAGCCCAGGCGGGUGGCGGCCAUGAGCGUCGCCCGGAGGGUAGCCGAUGAAAUGGACGUCACGUUGGGCCAAGAAGUGGGCUACUCCAUCCGCUUUGAGGACUGUAGCUCUUCCAAGACCGUGCUCAAAUACUUGACGGAUGGGAUGUUGCUACGGGAGGCCAUGAGCGACCCACGGCUGGAGCACUACGCCAUCAUCGUGCUGGAUGAAGCCCACGAACGCACGCUCGCUACAGACAUCCUCAUGGGCGUCCUCAAGCGGGUGCUCCGACAAAGAGCCGACCUCAAGAUUGUCAUCAUGAGCGCCACGUUGGAUGCCGGCAAGUUUCAGAAGUUCUUUGACGGCUGCCCGUUGCUGUCCAUCCCUGGACGCACGCACCCCGUUGAGGUUUUCUACACGCCCGAACCCGAGCGAGACUACCUGGAGGCGGCCGUCCGCACGGUGGUCCAGAUCCACAUGUGCGAACAGGACCCAGGGGAUAUUUUACUGUUCCUUACUGGGCAAGAGGAAAUCGAGGAAGCUUGCAAGCGCAUCGAGGCGGAGGUCAACGACCUGGGGCCUGACGCCGGCGAGGUAAAAAUCAUCCCCCUGUACUCCACGUUGCCGUCGCUGCAGCAGCAGCGGAUAUUCGAGCCACCUCCUGCCAAUAAACCCAACGGCGCCUUCGGAAGGAAGGUCAUCGUGUCAACAAACAUCGCCGAGACGUCCGUCACCAUCGACGGUGUCGUGUUUGUGAUCGAUCCUGGAUUUGCCAAGCAAAAGGUGUACAACCCUCGCAUCCGAGUGGAGUCCCUUCUGGUGACGGCCAUUAGCAAAUCGUCGGCGCAACAGAGGAUGGGCCGAGCCGGACGCACGCGUCCCGGGAAGUGCUUCCGCCUAUACACGGAAAAAACCUACAGGACAGAAAUGCAGGACAACGCCUACCCAGAGAUCCUCAGGUCCAAUCUGGGCUCCACGGUGCUGCAGCUGAAGAAGUUGGGAAUUGACGACCUGGUGCGUUUUGACUUCAUGGAUCCACCAGCUCCCGAGACCCUGAUGCGAGCCCUUGAGCUGCUCAACCACUUGGAGGCGCUGGACGACGACGGCGACCUGACGGAUCUCGGCGCCAUGAUGGCCGAAUUCCCGCUGGAUCCGCAGCUGGCCAAGAUGGUGGUCGCCAGCUGCGAGUCGGGUUGCUCGGACGAGGCGCUUUUCAUCACCGCCAUGCUGUCAGUCCCACAGUGCUUCUUGCGACCCCCCGCGGCCAAAAAGGCGGCCGACGACGCCAAGAUGCGUCUGGCUCACCCGGACGGAGACCACCUGACUCUUCUCAACGUCUACCUCGCCUUCCAGCAAAGCCACCGAUCGUCGCAGUGGUGCUACGACAACUUUGUCAGCUAUCGCUCACUGAUGGCGGCGGACAGCGCGCGCCUCCAGCUAGGCCGGAUCACCGAGCGCUUGGGCUUGCCCCGGCGGAGCUGCGAAGGGGACGACGUCCACGUCCGCCGCGCGCUACUUACCGGCUUCUUCAUGCAGGUUGCUCACUUGGAGCGCAGCGGUCACUAUUUGACGGUGAAGGACAAGCAGGUGGUCCAACUUCACCCGUCCAGCGCGCUGGGCCAAAAGCCCGAGUGGCUCCUCUACGGCGAGUAUGUGCUCACCGCCAAGAACUACAUCCGCAUGUGCAGCCGCAUCCACCCGCAGUGGCUUCUGGAAAUCGCCCCGCGCUACUACGAGAUGAGCAACUUCCCGCCGAGCGAAGCCAAGAGACAGUUGCAGCGCAUCAACAGCCAGCUCUCAUCCAAGCAAUUGUGAAGAAAAGAAACUCGAGAUUGGCUUUCAUCCGGUACAGUUCCCAUCUCGUCAGGUCUCGCAUCCGCCGCUCAUCUAUUUUGAGAAUUGGAUUGCUGUCACAUGUACGCCUCUUCCACGUAAUAAACAUGAAUUUUGGUAUAAAACAACCCAGAGUGUCUGUAAUUUAGUCACAGACCUUUAAAAUGUAAGAUGUCACUCGGCUCCCUCUAGUGGUAUGUGACAGAAUCACUUCCUAAGCGCAUUUCAGUUGUAUUUAACUUUUAAGAUCAAUUCGCUAUGGCUUACGAAAAGCUUAAAUACGCUUUUUGGAAAAAAAAAAAUUUCUGGUAAUGAUGAGCAAUUAAGCCUACUAUGCUUCUGUUUUUUUAAAGUCGGCUAUAAUGGUACCCUGUCAAAAAUAUGCCAACGAGCGAGAACGAGAGUAUGACUCAAUCUGCGUCAACUUGUGUGAAAAAGCCUUUCAAGGUGCUAAUUGAAGAGGUUAGCAUGUGUUUUAUUUUUUUUUGUUGCAUUGUUCCAAAAAGCGGGUGGCGCUUUGCCAGCAAGAAAGCGAAAAAGAGUGAGAGUCAUCCCUCCCAAAGUGAAGCCAAUAGAAAGGCCAUUAGUCGGCACUGAUCUGGAAAUUAUAUGGAAUUGAUCCUGAGGUAAGAACACUUUUUCAGGCUCGAUACUUCCCAUCGAUUCCGGCUGCUAUAAUUAUAAAUGAAAAUCGUUACGGAGCCAACUUGUGUUUUGAACUGAGUCGCACACACUCGUGCACACAAAA